AUGUCAUUACCAGCCUCAUUUGACUUAACUCCAGAAGAUGCUAAGUUAUUGUUAGCAGCCAAUGUUCAUUUGGGAUCAAAGAAUGUUCAAGUACACAACAAGCCAUACGUUUACAAGACUAGACCAGACGGUGUUAACAUUAUCAACAUUGGUAAGACUUGGGAAAAAAUUGUUUUGGCAGCAAGAAUCAUUGCCGCAGUACCAAACCCAUCAGAUGUUGCUGUUUGUUCAUCGAGAACUUUUGGUCAAAGAGCCGUUUUGAAAUUUGCUGCUCACACUGGAGCCACUGCCAUUGCUGGUAGAUUCACUCCUGGUAACUUUACCAAUUAUAUCACCCGUUCAUUCAAGGAGCCAAGAUUAGUUAUUGUUACUGACCCAAGAACCGAUUCUCAAGCUAUCAAAGAAUCAUCAUACGUCAACAUUCCAGUUAUUGCAUUAACCGAUAUGGAUUCACCAUCUGAAUAUGUGGAUGUUGCUAUCCCAUGUAAUAACAAGGGUAAACACUCUAUUGGUUUGAUUUGGUGGUUAUUGGCCAGAGAAGUCUUGAGAUUGAGAGGUAUCAUUGCUGACAGAACAACCGAAUGGUCAGUUAUGCCAGAUUUAUACUUUUACAGAGAUCCAGAAGAGAUUGAGCAAAAUGCUAAUGAGGAACAAAAGGGUGAAGAAGUUGAAGAAGUUCAAGCUACUGAAGGUGAAACUGAAUGGAAUGGUGAAACUGAAGAAGUUGACUGGGCUGAAUCAGGAGUUACCCCAGCUGCUGAAGAUGCUGCUGCUUCGAAUUGGUAA